AUCAUCAAAAGUCGACUCAAAACUACACCAUUGGCGGAUCGGUGCAUUUCUUUAGUUGAAUUUGAAUCUAAUAAGAAAACGCUUUCCAAGAAAGAUAUUAAGUUUGAAUCUAAAUAUUUCUCAACGCUUUCAGAAUCGGGUAAAUUUUUAAUAAAAGCAAUUUGAGUGGAAUACAAGGGAAACUUAAAGAAUGUAUUUUACAUUUUUGAUCUUUAUUACUAUCCUCCUCGUCCUGGACUUUCUAGUUAAAAGGAGACGUUAUGGUUUGACUUCCAACUAUCGAGGUCCGAAAAUCUAUCCAAUAUUUGGAACUACCGAAAUACUCAAAAGGAGAGAAGUGGAAGACUACUUAGAAACUUUCCGGGGCUUCAGUGUGAAAUAUGGGCCAAUAUAUCGUAUGUGGAUGGCUCACGAAUUAGUCAUUUUCGUAGAAGAUCCUGCAAUUUUAGAGACACUUCUGUCCAGCCCCAAGUACGCUCACAAACAUUCACUAUAUGGGAUGAUCAAAUUCUGGCUGAGAGAUGGAUUGCUUUUAAGCACAGGACAAAAGUGGCAGUCCCGACGGAAAAUAACUACAGCCGCAUUUCAUUUUAAAAUCCUUGAAGGAUUUGUGGAUAUUUUCGAUCAUAACAGUCACAUUUUGGCGAAGAAAUUCGAAAAGCAUUUAGACGGGAAUGCGUUUGAUGUCUACUGGGACCUUAGUUUAGCAGCUUUAGAUAUCAUUUGUGAAACAGCGAUGGGCACAAGAAUCAAUGCGCAGACAAGUGCUGACAGUGAAUAUGUUCGAGCUAUCGAAGAGCUGACUAAUAUUAUAACAAAACGUGUUGUCAACGUCUGGUACUGGAAUGAUACGAUAAUGGGUAUAUUAGCUCCCAAAAUGAAGGAGCGCCAGGAUCACCUUGUUAAAAUCCUUCAUGGUUUUUCUGAAGGUGUCAUACUUGAGCGCCGGAAAGCAUUAUUGAAGGACCAAAAGGAAAGAGACACUGCAUCCAUAACCGAAGAUGGCAUUACCACGAAAAGGAAAGUUGCUCUUCUUGAUGUUCUUCUGCAAUCAACAAUUGAUGGAAAACAGCUUACAAAUGCUGAUAUUCGGGAAGAAGUGGACACAUUUAUGUUUGGAGGACAAGACACUUGUGCGUCCGCAGUGUCCUUUGCACUCUAUUGCUUAUCGCGUCAUCCAGAAGUGCAGAGCCGAGCAUUCCAAGAAAUAUGUGAAGUCAUAGGAACUGAUAAAAAUAAGCCGGUGACUUACAAGGAUUUACAAAAUUUGAAAUAUAUGGAAUGUGUUAUCAAAGAAACGUUGCGAAUGUACCCAAGUGGACCAAUAAUAGGAAGGAGAACGCUGGAAGAUUCAAAAAUUGGUGAAUAUUCAAUACCAGCUAAUACAAACAUUAUUCUGCCUAUUUACUUCACGUUUCGGAAUCCUACGUCAUUUCCUGAGCCCGAUAAGUUCAACCCGGAUAGAUUUAUGGAAGAUUCCGCAGGAAAAAUCAACCCUUAUGCUUUUAUUCCAUUUAGUGCUGGACCUCGUCAGUGUGUUGGACAAAAGUUCGCAAUGUUGGAAAUGAAGAGCUUGCUUUCAACUAUGUUAAGAUAUUAUGAGUUGUUACCCAUGGGGCCUGAUCCCAUACCAGUCAUAAACAUAGUCUUAAGAUCGUCGAAUGGUGUCCAUAUUGGAAUAAGGGAGAGAAAACUUUAAAUGUGUUUUAGCUGUUAAUAUUGUGAUAAUUUGUUAUAAAUACAAAGUUUUGGAAAACAUA